AAACAAACAAACAAACAAAAAAAACCGUGGACACGGAGGGAAGCCCCGCGGCUGUCCGGGACGGGCCGAACCGGGCGACAGGUUUCCAUGAACUGCACCAGGGUCCUCCAUGUCCUGAACCCUCGCCCCGGGGGCCCAUCUCCCAUCAUGCCCAUCGACGUGGCCGUAAGGAUCUGCCUGGCCAGCUCACCUCCUCUGCGCUCCUUCCUCGGGAACUGCAACAAGCGCUCCUCAUCCUCAGUCGCUCUGCUGCCGCAUUGCCGACCACUGCGACCCUGCCUUACCUCCGCGAUGGCGACGGCACCAUCAGCGGGCGCAGAGAGCAACAGCGGCAGCCCGGGGAUGUUAAGGAGGAAGAAGAGGAAGACCGUGGUGUUUGCGGACUCGCGGGGUUUGGCACUCGCCACUGUCCACGUCUACAACGAGUGCGAAGAUGAGGCGCUCAGCGAGCUGCUGACCGAGAUCGAGGGUGCUGCCUCCGGACUGCACCUGGCAGACAUCAAAGAUCCAGCAGAUUGUGGUUCUUGCCUGGUUCUGGCCUUCACCCAGCCAGCCGCAGACUACCUAGACCUGAGGAGUCGUCUCAAAGCCCAGCAGGUGUGCCUGGAGACCUGUUCAGUCCAGGAACACCUGCUCUCGGGUACUGUCCAGGUCCGAAACAUCUGCUUUGAGAAGUCUGUCUGGGUGCGGAUCACCUUUGACUCUUGGUGCUCCUUCCAGGACGUUCGCUGUCAGUACCUGAACAACGUCUACGGUUGCCCCGACACCGACACCUUCUCAUUCUCCAUCGCACUCCCGGAGCUCCUCAAGCCCUCUGGAAAAGUGGAGUUCUGUAUCCGGUACCAGACUCAGGACCAGACGUUCUGGGACAACAACCUUGGGAACAACUAUCGGCUGGCAACGGCCAAUCGAAACAGUCGGAGCACGGCCGUUGAGAGUCCAGCUGGAGUACCGUUCCAGAGGGACCGCAGCGGAGACAAGAGAGAUGAGAUCCAUUCGGACUUUGAUCCGUUUGGAAGCCCUCGGACAUCAGCAGGAAUCUUUCCUGAAUGGCAGAGCUGGGGCCACAUAGAGACCACCCCCUACUGGUGAGACUGCCACAAGACACAUUUUUAGGUCACACUCACUGGCUUUUAUGAUGUACAAGAUCCACUCCAGCACUAAAGAAACACUUUAUCCUCCAGCUGUGAUCCAGAUGUUUGUAGGAUUCACUGCGCACUUCCUCACUUUACCUCACAGGAGUUCUCAGACAGAUGUUUACCUCUGGAUCUGUCUCAUACUCUUUUACCCCAUGCACCCAAAAACUGAACCUUUAACUUACACCCUGGUUCCCACGAUCCCGCCGCCUAGCCGGAUACCACCCGGGGCUCCUUCAUACGCAGCACAGAGAGGCAGUCAGGAGGAACCAGGAGUUCCAAAGGGCUUUAAACCAGCAUCCAAAGGAGACUUUGAACCGCGAGAUGAGCUGACAGGCUUAAGAUUCAGUGCUUUCUCAGAAGCUCCCAAAAAUCCGUAAUCAGCGCCUUACAAACGUUUUUUCCUCUGGUCUGCAUGUUCUUCUUCUUCUUUUGGGUUUCACAGGAUUUGGAUGACCUUCACGUCUUCAUGAGCAUCCUUCUCUGGAGGACUCUGAAACACCAGCAUGGUUAAUGUAAGGGUUCCUGAGGGGCUCACCUUUUUUGGGUUGUUUUAUAUGAACUGAAUCGCUUCUGUCGUCAGGACACAGCUUUGAGUUUCCUUGGUUCAUGAACUCGACCGUGACGAUCAGUGUUGUGCUGUAACAGGUCAGAUUCAGGAAGUGUUUUAGCCGUUACUUUAGACGGCACGCACGUGACUCACUGCUAGUUAUUAUGAUGAUGGCAGGGUUUAUGGAGGCGGAGCUGUGGCCACCUGAGCUGCUGCUGGUUUAGCUGGCACACCCUGUGGUCCGUCUCUGUUCAGACUGGUUUGUCGCUCUCUUAUCGGAGAUUUUUUUUGUUGCAGUUGUUCGCUACUGUGUCGACUCGGACUCGCUAUAGUUAUGUCAGUGAGCUUAGACUAACCGUUCUCGAGUCUGAACUUGUUUUAAUGCUGAGAUCUUGUAAUAUCUGACCUUUGACCUGUGACUUGGACCCUUCAGGGACUGGACCAGCUUUAGUCAGAGCUGUACCUUCACGUCUCCCUGUGGGGAUCCUGAGUUCCUGAAAAUGUUAGCUUCAUAGGCUAGUCCUUGAGCUAAAGUCACAUGACCUCAUACAUGACCAGAUUCAAAGGUUAGCCUGAUGACGCAAACUUGUCCGACUGGUCAAUGUCAAAACUAUGGCUCAUCUGUUACCGGGCAGAUUUUAGCCAUUCUUUUUCCCCUCACUGAUGUAGCUUUAAACGGUCAAAGGUCAGGAAAGCCUUGUCACGUUUAGUUGUUUUACUCUGACCCUCUGCUAUGGGCGGAGUCACGUGACCUUUCACUUCCUCUUUGCUCCUGAAACCUUUACUGAACACUCCAGUGCUCUUACCUGUGUGUGCGUGCGUGCGUGCGUGCGUGUCGUGCGUGGCGCGCGUGUGUGUGUGUGUGUGUGUGUGUGUGUGUGUGUGUGCGCGUGUGGGGACCAUGUGACAAGAAGUAAGAGGGAAAUGUGUUUAAAGUGAACGAUGAUGAUGUCGAUACUGAUGGGCCCUGAAGUGUUUCCUGAAGGGCUUGUGCUGCGUUCAGGUGCUGUCAGCCCUGAGGCUUGGAGUUUUUGUAUGAGCGACUGUAUCGGGGGGUGGGGUGGGGAACAGUUCUGAUUGUCCCUAACCACAGAACCCCGCCCUCAGCUCUGACUUAUUGUAUUUAACUUGGUUAGCUCGUGAGCUAACUAGCUGCUAGCACUGUAGCAAGGCUGUAACGUAAUGUGAAAUGUAAUGAUGAUGUCUGUACCAGGAAGUGAUGUAAGCAGGGAGUGUUUGUCUGUUCCUAUUUUUGUGUAUCAUUUCAUAAUAAAAGUCUAACAUUUGUAAA